AGCUGUGUGUUCAGAGGCACCUGUGCAUGAGAAGUUUGUUCUAUGGCCUCAGAGCUGGGUGCCAGGGAGGAUGGCAGCUGCUCAGAGCUGGCAAAACCCCUCUAUCUGCAAUAUCUGGAGAAAGCUCUGCAACUGGAUCAGUUUCUACAACAGACAUCUGCCAUCUUUAACAGGAGUAUAUCCAGUGAUGAAAGUGAAGAUGGAUUGGAUGACAAUCCUUUGCUGCCUCAGUCUGGGGAUCCCCUGAUGCAAGUUAAGGAAGAGCCUCCAAACUCUUUGCUUGGGGAAUCUUCUGGAGCAGGGAAUUCUGGGAUGCUGAAUGCACAUUCUCUGAAUGGAGUACUGCAGCCAGAACAAAAGUCUGAAAAAGGGAGCUUGUAUAAUUUUUCCAAACUGAAGAAAAGCAGAAAGUGGCUGAAGAGUAUCCUUCUGAGUGAUGACUCCAGUGACACAGAUUCACCAAGUGAUGAAGAUGGAGAGGAGGAAGAAGAAUUUUCACUUUCGAGGGAAGAACUUCACAAUAUGCUGCGAUUACACAAAUAUAAGAAACUGCAUCAAAGUAAAUACAGCAAAGACAAAGAGUUGCAGCAAUAUCAAUACUACAGUGCAGGACUGCUGUCUACACAUGAUCCUUACUACGAGCAGCAGCGCCACCUGCUAGGGCCCAAGAAAAAGAAGUUCAAAGAAGAGAAAAAAUUAAAAGGCAAGUUGAAAAAAGUAAAGAAAAAGAGGAGACGAGAUGAAGAACUCUCUUCAGAGGAGUCACCACGACGCCACCAUCACCAGACCAAAGUUUUUGCCAAGUUUUCUCAUGAUACGCCACCACCUGGAUCCAAGAAAAAGCAUUUGACUGUUGAGCAACUUAAUGCACGUCGGCGGAAAGUGUGGCUUAGCAUUGUUAAAAAGGAGUUGCCAAAGGCAUACAAACAAAAAGCCUCAGCCCGCAACCUUUUUCUAACCAACAGCAAAAAGCUUGCCCAUCAGUGCAUGAGGGAGGUACGUCGAGCUGCUAUCCAGGCCCAGAAAAACUGCAAGGAAACUCUACCACGAGCACGUCGUCUUACCAAAGAGAUGCUUCUCUAUUGGAAAAAGUAUGAAAAGGUGGAAAAAGAACAUCGCAAAAGAGCUGAGAAAGAGGCUCUGGAGCAACGCAAGCUGGAUGAGGAGAUGAGAGAGGCUAAGAGGCAGCAGCGAAAACUUAACUUCCUGAUCACACAAACUGAAUUAUAUGCCCAUUUUAUGAGUCGUAAACGAGAUAUUGGACAUGAUGGAAUACAGGAGGAAAUCCUACGCAAACUGGAAGACAGCUCUACCCAAAGGCAGAUUGAUAUUGGCGGAGGAGUAGUGGUCAAUAUCACCCAAGAAGAUUAUGAUAGUAACUAUUACAAGGCCCAAGCUCUGAAGAAUGCUGAAGAUGCUUACCAGAUUCAUCAGGCCCGGACCAGAUCAUUUGAUGAAGAUGCAAAGGAAAGUCGGGCAGCUGCUUUACGGGCUGCUAACAAGUCUGGUACUGGCUUUGGAGAAAGCUACAGUUUAGCAAACCCAUCUAUCCGGGCAGGAGAAGAUAUUCCGCAGCCUACUAUUUUCAAUGGAAAACUGAAAGGUUACCAACUGAAAGGCAUGAAUUGGCUGGCCAACCUAUAUGAGCAGGGCAUCAAUGGAAUCCUGGCAGAUGAAAUGGGUCUGGGUAAAACAGUACAAAGUAUUGCUCUCCUUGCACAUCUGGCUGAGAGAGAGAACAUCUGGGGACCUUUUUUAAAAAUUCCCCCUGCCUCUACUCUUAACAACUGGCACCAGGAGUUUGCCAGAUUUGUACCUAAAUUUAAGGUGCUACCUUAUUGGGGAAAUCCCCAUGAUAGAAAGGUGAUCAGGAAGUUCUGGAGUCAGAAGACAUUGUAUACUCAGGAUGCUCCUUUCCAUGUGGUGAUUACCAGUUAUCAGCUAGUAGUACAGGAUGUGAAGUAUUUCCAGCGAGUGAAGUGGCAAUAUAUGGUGCUGGAUGAAGCGCAAGCACUCAAAAGUAGCUCCAGUGUUCGUUGGAAGAUCCUGCUGCAGUUCCAGUGUCGAAAUAGGUUGUUGUUGACUGGGACCCCAAUCCAGAACACGAUGGCUGAGCUGUGGGCCCUGCUGCAUUUUAUCAUGCCAACGCUGUUUGAUUCCCAUGAAGAGUUCAAUGAGUGGUUUUCUAAAGACAUAGAGAGCCAUGCAGAGAACAAAUCCGCUAUUGAUGAGAACCAGCUGUCCCGCUUGCACAUGAUCCUGAAGCCUUUCAUGUUGAGAAGGAUCAAGAAGGAUGUGGAAAAUGAGCUGUCGGAUAAGAUUGAAAUUCUUAUGUACUGCCAGCAGACAAGUCGACAGAAACUGUUGUACCAAGCUCUGAAAAACAAAAUCUCUAUUGAUGACCUCCUGCAGUCCUCAAUGGGCACUACUCAGCAAGCACAGACCACCACUAGUAGUCUCAUGAAUCUAGUCAUGCAGUUCAGGAAGGUGUGCAAUCAUCCAGAGCUGUUUGAGCGACAAGAAACUUGGUCUCCAUUUCACAUUUCCCUAAAGCCAUACCAGAUUUCAAAGUUCAUCUACCGUCAUGGACAGAUCAGGGUCUUUAACCACUCACGGGACAGGUGGUUACGGGUUUUACUUUCGCCAUUUGCACCAGACCACAUCCAGCAGUCUCUCUUCCAUAGGAAGGGCAUCAAUGAAGAAAGCUGUUUUUCUUUCCUCCGGUUUAUUGAUGUCUCUCCAGCGGAAAUGGCAAACCUUAUGAAUCAGGGACAUUUAGCCAGAUGGUUAGCUCUUUUCCUGUCACUGAAAGCAUCCUACAGGCUCCAUCACAUGCGCUCCUGGAUGGAGACCGAAGGGGAGAAACAGCAGGGAUCACAUUGUCUGAGGAACAGGGAUUUCUUGCUAGAAUGUCUAUUUAAGAGGAGUUUCUCUUUGUAGACAUAGUAACUUCCUAAUUUAAAUUUUUUUUUUUUUCAGAACCUCGUGUUCAGUAGCCACUGUAAAGCAGUUACUGGCUAUUCAGAUCAUGUCAUACAUCGAAGGAGAUCAGCUACCUCAUGUGUACGGUGCUGCCAGGUGACUGAGCUGCCAUCCUUCCUGUGCAUAGCCAGUCCACGGGUAACAGCUGUGGCACUGGAAUUGUACUGCAAUGACCGAAGUGCAGAAUACGAGCGCCGGGCACUAAAGGAAGGAGGAUGUCUUGAAGCAAAGCAGUGUGUACUCAAUGGAGCUCCUGAGCUAGCAGCUGACUGGCAGAAGCAAUGCUCCCAGUUCUUCCCAGAGUAUCCAGGAGGGCUGUUAGGAAUCAGGCCGCAAAAUGGCUGGUCUUUUAUCAGGAUACCGGACAAAGAGAGUCUGAUCACUGACAGUGGAAAACUUCAUGCUCUUGAUCUUCUGUUGACACGGCUGAAAUCUCAAGGACACAGAGUUCUCAUCUACUCCCAGAUGACGCGGAUGAUUGACUUACUGGAGGAAUACAUGGUUUAUAGGAAACAUACCUACAUGAGAUUGGAUGGUUCUUCAAAGAUUUCUGAACGAAGGGACAUGGUAGCAGAUUUUCAGAACAGGAAUGAUAUUUUUGUGUUCCUGUUAAGCACAAGAGCUGGAGGCUUGGGCAUUAACCUUACAGCUGCAGAUACGGUAAUUUUCUAUGACAGUGAUUGGAACCCAACAGUAGACCAGCAAGCCAUGGACCGGGCACACAGGCUGGGUCAAACAAAACAAGUCACUGUGUACCGGUUGAUAUGUAAAGGCACCAUUGAGGAGCGCAUCUUACAAAGGGCUAAGGAAAAGAGUGAGAUCCAACGAAUGGUGAUUUCAGGUGGCAAUUUCAAACCUGACACCUUGAAGCCAAAAGAGGUGGUCAGCCUUCUGCUGGAUGAUGAGGAACUAGAAAAGAAAUUGCGUCAGCGUCAAGAAGAGAAGCGACAGCAAGAAGAAACGAAUCGUGUGAAGGAACGUAAACGUAAAAGGGAAAAAUAUGCUGAAAAGAAGAAGAAGGAGGAUGAAUUGGAUGGGAAGAGAAAGAAAGAGAGCAUGAACCUUGUGAUCCCAUUUGUUCCCUCGGCUGAUAACUCCAACCUGUCUGCUGAUGGGGAUGACUCCUUCAUUAGUGUAGACUCUGCCAUGCCCAGCCCUUUCAGUGAGAUAUCCAUCAGCAGUGAAUUACAUAUGGGCUCUAUCCCUCCCGAUGAGAGCAGUAGUGAUAUGCUUGUGAUUGUGGAUGAUCCAGCUUCUUCAGCACCUCAGUCAAGGGCAACAAACUCUCCUGCUUCCAUUACUGGCUCAGUUUCAGAUACCAUGAAUGGUGUUUCAAUGCAAGACACACCUCUCGCUGGGAGAGGUCAGUCAAGUCGAAGUCGGGGUCGUCCCAAAGGUUCAGGCAGUGGAUCAAAAGGCGGCACUGGGAAAGGCAGAAGCCGGAAAUCAAUAGCAGGAAGCGCAGCUGCAAUGGCAGGUGCCAAAGCAGGGGCAGCAGCACCCUCUGCAGCAGCAUACGCAGCGUACGGGUACAACGUCUCGAAAGGCAUGUCUGCAAGUAGCCCUCUGCAAACUGCAAUUAUUCGGCCUUCUGGACUUGCAGAUUUUGGACCUUCAAGCGCCUCUUCUCCCUUGAGCUCCCCUUUGAGCAAAGGAAACAGUGUUUGUGGGACCCCCAAAAGCUUAAACCUGACCAGCAGUCUCAUAUCAGAAGCUCCAAUUCGGAAGCAAAGCAAAGGUGCCCACACCUCAGGUAGUCGGUAG